UUGUGUCCUUAAUCUGUGUUGUAAGUAACGAAAUACGAUAAGAGGUUGUAUUUGUAUUCUCCUACUGAAAGUGGCUAAUACCAAUCAAUAAGUCAAUAAAUAAACAAUGUCUAAAAAGUUUAUAACUAUUAUAUCAGUUAUAGUCGGCAUACUGAUAUUAGCUGGACUGGGUGUUCUCAUUUGGUGGCUAGUAACAGAUACUUCAAAUGAUAAGUUUGAAACAAUUCUACUUGAGGGUGAUGGGUUAGGCCAAGUGAAAUACAAUGCAGCAUUUACGAGAAUUUAUGGAGCCGGCGAUAUUUUCUGGUGGUUCUUCCCAUCCACGUCAGGCCAGAGUCGGCCAAUAUUACUAUUUCUAGGUGGGAUUACAGGAAUACCCGAUAGUUUUCUCUUGAACUUUGGAGGAAUCGGGCCCUUAGACUUUAAUCUAAAUGCGAGGAACACAUCUCUGGUUAGCGAGUUCCACUUGUUAUUCGUAGACAGCCUCAUAGGGACUGGAUUCAGUCAACCAGAAGAUAAGGAGUCAAUCUUGACAAAUAUGAACGAUAUGGUUGAUAAUUUAAAGUUUACUCUACAAUCGUUUUAUGGACAUAACGAUGAAUAUGAAGAUGCACCUUUAUACGUUUAUGCCCAAGGUGAUGCGUCUCUUUUAGCCAUUCCAUUGACAGUACGAUUGAUCGAGGAUGAGGACUACUCUGAUAAAUUAAAGGGUAUCUUCUUGGGUAAUCCCAUAAUAUCACCAGCUCUUACAUUGACCAAUUUGGGAUUCUAUUUAGAAGAAUUGGCGUACGUCGAUGGUAAUGGUAGAGCAGCAAUAGAAGAAUUUUCAUCCUCGCUAUCUAACUUAGUGUCAACGAACAAUUUAGAGGAAGCCUUUGAUCAAUUUUUAUCAUUGGGCGAAUUUAUAAAUGAAAAAGCUGGUGCCAUAGCGGUAAAUAUGGGAUACAUUGUUGAAAAGUUAACUCGCAACUCAGUGAGAGACUAUUUUGGACAAAGUGCGUAUCAUAACAGAGUUAUUCCAUCCGACAUUGAUAUGAAGAGGUUCAUGAAGGAAAUAGUUGGACCAGCGCUCGGAAUUUCAAAUGAUAUCAAUUAUGAUGGAAACCGGGAUGAUGUAGUUAAAGCUUUAAGGCCACUUUACAUGCAACCCAUAGUAGAUAAAGUUGAAAAUAUUUUAAACAACUCAGAUGUAAGAGUAACUAUUUUUAAUGGAAAUCUGGAUGCAGUAUCGAAUACACCGGGACAACUAGAAUGGGUUGACUGUUUAAAUUGGUAUGGACGAACUAAUUUUACCAAUAGUGAAAGAAAUACUCUUGUAAUAAACAGACAAAUAGAAGGAUACUUCCGUGAAUCAGGUCGCCUUAAUUUCUAUUGGAUUAACGUGGCGGGGCAAUCGACACUCUUGGACAAUCCUGUCGGAACAAAAAAAAUGCUAGAACGAAUAACACGUGAAACAUAAUCUUGUGCUUGACUUAAUAUUUUAAAUAAAAUAUUCAACAUACUAAGUAUCUAAAUUACGAACAAAACCAGUAAAUAAAUUUAAUCAUGUAUAUCCCCCUCACUGACCUUAUAAAAUAUAAUAAUAAGAUAGUCUUUCGUGCAUAACGUAAUAUAAUUUAUCGUACCUACUAUAAGUAGGUAUUCAAUUGUGAUUAAUGAGAUGAUGAAAAAAAUACAUACCUUUAAACCCUGUAGACUGCAACAUUGUCACAAUCACCUUAUUUUAAUUUUGUAGAUAGCAAAUAGCAAUUAUUAAUAAUCUCAUGUGAAUUCAAAUUUAAUUCACAUGAGAUUAUUAAUAUCAAUUA